AAGAAUUCAAUUGAUUUUUACAGUAAAAACAUAGAUUAAUGCAACUCAUUGAUCAGUCUAUGUACAUAUGUAGGAGAAAAGGGUGCCAUCACAUAACGCCAAAAAUUAUGCACUUCACAAUUUUCAGUUCUAUUGUUAUCCUCGUGUUAAUCAACCUCGUGGGUGGAAUUUCAUUCGAACAAGAUGUAAGUCUGAACCUGGAACAGAAGAAACUUUUGGACCAGUUUAAAGCAAGAGUCAUCGACCGUCUCCCUCAUGAUUACAUGAAAAGAGAGAUUUAUCUCAUUAAAUGGUUACGAUCCAACAAUUAUAAUUUGGAUCGGGCUGAAGAUGCGUUGUAUCGGAAUCUAAGAUGGCGGAAAGAACAGAAGAUGGACACGAUCCACUCGGAGGACUGGUCUGACAUGUGGGACAAUGAUUACCGAUAUUACAUCGACGGACGCGAUAAGAUGGGACGACCGUUUCUAUUCUUAGAGCUUAAACAUUUCGACGCUAGAAAGUUAAUCGUUCAAGGAAAAGGGGAGAGAAUGCUUCGAUACUUUUCCAAGGCCUGGGACGAAGGGUGUAACCUAAUCCAGGAAUUGGGAGCUAAAUAUGGUAACAUGACGAGAGGAAACGUCGUCUUUGAUCUGGACGGCUUCAACGCUGUGCAACAUGUUUGCAUCCAAUGCAUUCCAUACAUGAUCAGAAAUGUCGUUGAUUUCGUACAACAUUUUCCUGAAUGUCUGGAUAAGAUGAUUUACGUGAAAUCGCCUCAGAUUAUGGAGCAAGUUCUCACCCUCACGAAACCACUGUUGCCAGCGGAAUAUGGAAAUAGCACUUUUGUUUACGGGACAAACAAGGAGGUUUGGAUGGCUGGGUUGAGGGAAGAUUUUGAUCUUGACCAGCUCCCACCAGGGUUGGGAGGCACAAAACUUUACAAGGGAAUGGAAUACAGAUAAAUAUUUUACGUUGGUCAGUUUUGAAUCGAAAUGUUGAACUACGACGUUGAAUUGAUUAUUAGUUUCUAUCACUGGUGACAGUACCUUGUAAUUUUAUUAUUGCAGUGGCAAAAUAAAAUUUACAUAAAUAUGUAUGUGCAAAUAAAUUAUGCCGGUCCGAUUAAUAGUUGGGAUCUUCAAGCA